ACAGAAUGAUUUGAGCAACACAAACACUUCACGCAGGGCGUCCAUGAGGAUUCAUGCCUCAGCUGAGCGCUGGACAUGUGUGGAGCUGCUGGGAGCCGAGCGGGACACGAGGCAGAGGAGGACAGGAUGGAAGAGAGGAGAACGAGAUGAUCACACGAGAGGUGGAGGAGAGAGAUGGAAGAGAGUGGAGAUGGAUGAGACUGCAUUGGAGAAACUGGCCGAACUGGAGUCAGUGUCUGGUUCCGAUUGCAGCAGCCGUGUGCUGGUUUGUUCUGGAGGAGUCUGUCAGUCUGACUGAAGCCGUGUGUCGACUGCUUCUCGCUGGGCUGAUGUGUGUCGUGACGGCUCUGUGUGCUUCAGCCUUACGAUUCCUGCUCGGUAAUGGACAGAAAGUAAAGCAGCAUUUACCGUACAAUGAUGAGGUGAUAGUGAGAAAAACGGCUGAAAACCAGCAGCAGGCCAGUAUAAAUCCACAGCAGGAUGCAGGUCAUCUUGAAUCCCUGGUAAAUGUUCUAGCGGAUGGUUUAGUGGUGUCCCUCCUCCACGAGCCCCUGCCGGACCCCAGCGAGCCCCACAUACGAGGCCUCCUCUCCAGACUACAGGCAGUGUCUCAGACAUUCCGCGGGGGGGCCUGUGAGGAAGAGAAGGAGAGAAAUGAGAAAUGUGUAAUUGAAGAAAGAGUUAACCAGAUACGCUCUUACCUGCAGGACAGGAUGAGCUCUCUGCGGUCCCUGCUGCAGGUUCAGCGGGGGUGUGAGGUGAGUGUGUGUGCGGUUCAGAGCGCGUUACAGAAGCGCUGGGCUCUGCUGGAGGAGUUACACACCAGAGUGACUCUGAGCCCUGACAGCACACAGGAAGCCCACGACCCUCACGCCGUCCUCACAGACACCGAGAACCUGUUCGCAGAACUCGGCCAGUUCAAAAGCAAAGUCCAACAGUGCCGGACGCAGCUGGAAACCAAUAUAAACCUUUUACAGGCACUUCGCAGCAGCCAUCAGGGUCUGGCCGGGACUUUUGGUACCAGCAUCGACUCUAAAUGGACCAAAGAAUUAUUACAGUCCAACACAGAUCUGUUUUCUGAGAUCCAAGAGGAUUUCAUGUCUUUGGAACAGCAGACGUCAAAUUUUGUGAUCCACUUGAGGGGCCUGAAUGAUUCUGAGGAAAAAGAGUCAAGAUCAUGUCAAGAUUAUCAGGCACAAACCUCUUUAUCGUCGCCUCUUCCUGUUGUUCCAGUGUACGUUGCUUCUCCGCAAUCACAUUCUGACCCAGAUACUGAUCCAGAGUCUCCAGGAGCCUCACAGAAAACCCACUCCAAAAUGUCCCCCUUCCAUAUGCUGUGUGGGAGGAAGAGGAGGAAGCCAUCCACGUAGUUUUGAAAAAAGUUGAUUGUUUUUACAGGACGUUUUUAAUGCCUAUAUAUGACAUCAGGUGGAGCAACACAUUUUAUGUACCGGUAUAUAUUGAAAAUGUUUAUAUAUUCUGAUAAAGAAAAAAAGAAAUGUUGGAAUUU